AUGUCGGAAAUGGUCGAGGGCAACGACUAUUGGAGCCCGGAAGUGCUCUCGCAGGCAUUGCUAGGAAUCUGGUUUGCGGCAUCGCACCAGCCAUGGAUGAACCUGGACUUUAUCCUGUUGGAACUCUGCGCACGCCCGGAAUGGCAGUCUAUACUGCGAAAGGAGAUUGGAGAUUUCAGUGCGUAUGACUACGAACGACUGGAGAAACUUCCUCUCCUGGACAGUUUUAUAAAGGAGACGAUCAGGAUGAACCCUUUGGACACUCACGCGAUCCGCAGAAAGGCCUUGGAAGAGUUUACAUUCUCCGACGGUGGAAUCCAUGUCCCCAAGGGGUCAACAGCUUGCGUUUCUUCAUUCAACCUGAUGCACGACAAGGAGGUCUAUCCCAACCCCGAUGAAUUCGAUGGCCGACGCUUUGUGACAACGAUGUCCUCUGCUCGCGGCACCAAGCUGACCGAGGUCUCCGAGAAAUUUCCCAUAUGGGGAUAUGGCUCUCUGGCGUGCCCCGGUCGGUUCCAUGCAUCGUUGGUCAUCAAGAUGAUCCUGGCUCAUUUGCUGUCCUCCUUCGAUUUGCGCUUUGCCGAUGAGAAAGCCAGGCGGAAAUGGUCUUGGGAGACGUUCACGAUGCCAUAUGAGUCGACUCGUGUACUACUAACGAAGCGCUAA